GUGCUGUGGACACUGCAGUGUGCGGAAGACGAGAAGUGGGAUCCGGAAGUUCAGUGGUAGAACCAGCACGUGUGCACUUCAGGCAGAGGAACAACAACAAUUAUUGUAAAAAGUCUUUAGUUUUUUGUCCAUAUUUUACGCUUGCAAAUAUGACAAAGACAAAGAAGGAGAAAAGUGCCCCCGAGGAGGAAGCCGGAGGGACGGAGAAAUCUUACCAGGAGUUAUUGGCGAAUAUUAACCCCAUCGCUAAUCCCCUGGCCUCGCGCAAGUUAAGCAAGAAGCUGUAUAAAUGCGUCAAAAAAGCGGCUAAACAUAAACAGAUUCGCCGAGGAGUCAAAGAAGUACAGAAGUUCAUCAAUAAAGGAGAAAAGGGGAUUGUGGUACUUGCCGGAGAUACGCUACCCAUCGAGGUGUACUGCCACUUGCCAAUUAUGUGCGAGGACAGAAAUCUGGCCUACGCUUAUAUUCCAUCCAAAGUGGACUUGGGAUCAUCAGCUGGUUCAAAAAGGCCCACGUGUGUCAUCAUGAUCAAACCACACGAAGAAUACCAGGAGGCUUAUGAUGAGUGCUUGGAAGAAGUUUCCUCCCUGCCCAAACCUUUAUGAGUGCUUUUAGCAUUGAUGUGCUUGUGGUGUCCGAACAUGCGAUGUUGAUAACAUCCACAAAAGGGUUAUGGCACAGAUGUGUUGCAGACCAUGCUAAAGUUAGGAAUCAUCAAUUCAUCUAACACAGCUUUUUUACUGGCUGUCCAUCAGUUAUGAGGCCGUUAUGUAACAGCAGCGCAACAUUCAUGUGCAUAAAGUUUUCCUUAUUUGUAAAGGUCUUUAUAAAAAUAAACUCUUUAUUAACAA